GGGAUGUAUGUCAGGUCAAAAACAGUCACUUGAACCAUUACACUCACUCCACAUAAACAUUGGAGACAGGGUGCUACAGCAACAUGUCAAGGUAUGUGUUUUUUGUCUUCGUGCUGCUACCAAUUGUUUUGAGUCAACCCAAUGACCGCAAUGCCACCCCGGAGACUGUAGCUCUGUACAAUCGCCUGAAGGAAUUGGCAGCCAACCCUGACACCAUUAUGUUUGGUCAAAGUAGUGCCACGUGGAUGGGGGCGUCUGGAGGACACGCCCCUUAUGACGUCACAACCAACACCAGCAACCGUGGGUGGAGUUUCACGGUCGAUCAAGCUCUCGAGAACUACCCGGAUGAGUUGUCCGACGUGAAGGGAGUCACAGGUCAAUACCCCGCCAUCUUUGACCUUGGAAUGUGGCAGCUAACCCCAAACAGAAGCAUCACUCUGUCUUAUCUCCUUAAGAAAGCCCACAGCAGAGGCAUCAUCACCACACUGUGUCAGCACUUAUACAACCCAGUCACUGGAGGAAGCCCUUGGGUGGACAAAGAUCCUGGCAACGUUACCCACACUGUCAGACGUCUUCUCCCUGGUGGAGACACGAACCGGAAGUACAGGGACAACCUCGACAAGAUCGCCGAGCUUGUCCUCAAUCUAAAGGACGAGGAAGGGAAACUGAUUCCUGUUCUCUUCCGACCUCUGCAUGAGCUGAAUGGAGACUGGUUCUGGUGGGGAUAUGGAAACCGAGCCAAAAAUACAUUAGAAGAUCUGAAGUCCUUCUAUAAGUACAUCGUCACCUAUCUUCGAGGUGUCAAGAAUGUCCACAACAUCCUGUACGUCAUCAGUCCCGACAAGUUCCAAAACAAGAAUGAUUAUCUUCAAUUUUACCCAGGCGAUGAGUAUGUUGACAUCAUGGGAACCGACUUUUAUUAUAAAUCUUCGAACGAUACUACAGCCGAUUUCCACAGGAUUAUAACAGAUCUGGUGGAGAUGGCUGAGUCUAGAAACAAAAUUCCAACACUCUCCGAAUGUGGAAUGUUUGAUAAUGGGAUCAGCACCCAUAUGAACUUCUGGAAUGACAAUAUCCUUGACGUCAUCAAGGCCAGUUUGACGACAAGAAGAAUUGCCUACAUCCUGACCUGGGCCAAUCAGUGUGCUGAGAAUACAUGUCAACUGUGGACACCCUAUAACAUUGUGAGUUAA